UUUAUCGGUAGUCCGAUUACCGAUCGGCAGUUUAACAGUCAACACUAGUAUUUCACACAUUUAAAAAAAAAACAGUGUCUUUGCUUUGCGACUAGCGUCUACUUCGCGGAUUGUAAAAGUGCUAAAAACUAUAACGGGACCCAAAACAAGCGAUUUAUUAAAAUGAAGAAACACAAAUACAAGUGGUGUAUAGUACAGGGAUGUAUUAGCACAUCGAUUAAAUCUCCUGACAAAUUAUUUAUAAGUGUUCCUUUAAGAAUGCCGGAGCGGGCACAGUGGCUAGAAGUUGCCGGGCGAGACCCCACAAGUUUCGCUACAACUAGUAUUCUGUAUCUUUGUGAAGAUCACUUUGAUCUGGAGAAUGAUACGAAAAGUUAUAUGCAAUAUCGUAUAAAGGGGUCUCUGCAAACUGUGAUACGCAUGAAACCAGGUUGUGUGCCAAAAAAAUGUAAAGAUCUGUCGGGUGUAUAUAAUUACAUAAACAAUGGUAAACCACUGCCCACGGAACAGCAACGAUUAGAAGAAUGUGCAGUGGAAUCUGCAGAAACCAACUCCGUUUCAUUAGAUACAAACCUAGGUCCAGUAAUUUAUGAAGAUAGUCUAAGUGAAACUUCAGAUACAAUGGCGGAUGAGAUUGACAUAGAAGAACAUGAUGUAUUGGAUAAUCCGGCAAUUCGAAAUAUUUUUCCAGAUAUUACUGUGAUUAAACAGGAAAUAGACAGUUACGAGGAUGGUUCAGAAAUAGUCAAUGAAUAUCAGUUAUCUAACAGUUUGCAAGUGGCAAGUGAUAUCAAUGAGUCCCAAAAUAUUUCUCUUAAAGAAGAAAAUGAUAUGUUGAAUAAUCCAUAUGAUAAUUCAUCGAACAGUAAUAACCAAAGUACAAAAAUUAUAUUAGGAUCAAAACCGAAAAGAAAACUGGAUUAUACAGAAUUUGAAGAAAAUGUGAAUUCAUAUGAAUUAAAACUUCAAUUGCUGGAUAUGAAACCAUAUUUAGAAAGAAGUGAAAGAUUUUGCAGACAAUGUUUGAUAUUGUUUCCUAACAAACAAAGUUUUGAGAUUCAUGUAAAUGAAUUUCACAGCUUUAUUGAACAGAAAAUUAGAGUUGUCGAACAGAUUAGAGUUGGCGAUCAGAAGGCCAGCGUUAUCGAUCAGAAGGAUAGAGUUAUCGAUCAAAAGGAUAGAGUUAUCGAUCAGAAGGAUAGAGUUAUCGAGCAAAAGAAUAGAGUUAUCGAACAGAAGAAUACAGUUUUCAAGCAACAGAAUAAAAAGACACCCAUAUAUUGUGCAAAAUGUAAUAUAAAAUUUACUGUACAUGCUAGUUUAAUGAGACACUGUAGAAAUUUUCAUAAAGAAAAACAAAAUAAAAUCAAUAUGGCAAAGAAAGUAGAAACCACUAUGCAAAGAUUAAAGAAAUCGGAGCCUAAUGGAAGUCAUGUUUGUUUUCACUGUAAGAAAGAAUUUCUAACUCAGCAAUCGCUCAUACAACAUUUAUAUAGUGUUAUUCAAUUGAAAACUCAUUGGUGUCUGUUCUGUUCCAAAAAAUUCACUAAUAAAACAGAUUUUGAGCACCACAUGUUGGGACAUAAAGAAAAGAAAGUAACAGUAGAAGAUUGUCCCAACAAUGCUCAUGAAGAUGUCAAUCAUUCAGAUGUAGAACUACUUGAGGAGUCGCAACCUGACAAGGAUUUAUCAGAGAGUUGUAGAAUAAAUCUAAGAGAAACGGAAAUGGAAAAAGAUGUAGCAGUGGAUAAAAAGAAAAAGAAGGAAGCAUUGGACACAAAUGUUGACUUUUACAGAUGUCAUAUAUGUCAUCAUUAUUUUAAAGAACUAAAACAUUGUCUAGAACAUCUGGCAAUAGAACACAAGAUAACCGGUUAUACAGUGAAACCAGUCAAAUUUGACUCAUUUUGUCAACUUUGUCAAAGAAAUUAUAAUGAUAUCAGUGUAUACAAUUGUCAUGUAUCAUUAUUCCAUAAUAGCGAUAUUGAUCAGCGAAAAACCAAUGCCUCUCAAUUGACAAGAUCUUUGGGAACAAAUAUGAAGGAUGAAUGUCUACUAUUGAAGUCAACGCUGUUUAGAUGCACUAAAUGUGACAUACAUUUUCUAUCUGCUGAAGUUGCAAGAAAUCAUAAAGAUCACAUGGAAAUGUUAAGUCAUUGGAAGUGUAAAAAGUGUAUCAAGUUCUUUAAAAAAGAAGAUGAAUGGCGACACACAAAACAACACGUAUUUCCUAACCUCAUGGUGUACGAUUUAUGUCCAGACUCACAUUACCUAGUUUUGUUUAAUUGUUUAAAAUGCACCGUACAUUUCGACGAAAACGGCUUUGUGGAACACUAUUCAAAAUGCUGUGAAAGUGAAACACCGAGCGCAGUGUACUGCAAAUAUUGUGACCUUUUAAUCGAUGAGUCUAUUGGUAAGUCACAUAAAGCUAGUCAUGAAAUUGAGAAUAUCAAAUUCGAUAAUAUAACCAUUGUGAACUCGAACGUUAUAACAAUCAAUAAUAAUAAAAAUCAGCAACCGGUAAAAUUACAAUAUAACCAAGUCAGUAAAGUCCGCAAAAGUGCAAAUAACAUCAAACACGAACGUAAACAGAAAGAAUUAAGAAUUAAAAGAGAUGGAAGUUCAAAAGAUGCUGAAAAAACAAUGAAAAGAAAUUGGAAUUCUUUGUGUGAAUUGACUUAUUGCGGCACAUGUAAACUAUUCCUAAUAAAUAGGUUUACACGCAAUAUACAUAUUAAAGGACGCUGUCGAAAUUUACGGAAAUGCGUUUGCAAGGUUUGCGGACUUGUUUUUCCAAGCCAACAUUAUAAAACACAUAAAAAACUACAUUACAAAUUGAAAACCUGCAAUUUGCAAAAUUUUGAAUUCUACAAUUUUAAUGGCAAACUAAUUAGUCCGCCGAUACCGGAAUACCCAAAAUGUGAAAAAUGUGACUUGGUUAGCAUUUCUAGACCAGCUGGAUGUCAUGAUUGCAACAAAGUUGAUUAUCUAACUUGUAAUUUAUGUGACAUGAGGUUAACAGAAGAAGCUUUCAAGUUACAUAUGUUAUUCCAUAAUUUUACAAAAAUACGCAGUGCAGAUAAACACAAUAACGCGUCAGAACGAUUGAGUUCUGAAUGGAACUUGGAUGAGGAAAAGACUGCCAAAUUAACAGAGAACUUAUUAUACGAAUGUAAAAACUGCAACAUUAAUGUUGAUACGUAUGAUAAAGCUGUAGAACACAGUCAGGGACAUUAUAGUGGCGAAUGGAAAAAUGUAGAAACAGUGAAAUGUCAAUUUUGUAACAAGAUUUUUGACAAAACAUGUUACGAAAAGCAUCAAAAAUAUCAUUUGUCCCAUAGCGACACGAUAAAUUCGAGAAUAUUUUAUUUUGAUAGUGUUUAUUUAACAUCUGAAAAUAAUAUAUGGCUAAAACAUGUAUUUGGCCGUCUGUCAGAAACUCAAAUUAACGCUAUAAUAUGUAAGUCGGUUUACAAAUCCGAGUGCAGAAUUAAAAUGAAAGUCAUACAAGAUGGACCUCCUAAUUUCACAGUCUACAAGUGCGAUAAAUGUUGUUCCUACAUUGACGAGUCGAGCUUAUACAAGCAUGCAGAUAACUCAUGUUUUAAACUUAGAAAACAUCAUUGCUCUAUUUGCAAUUUGCCUUUUAUUUCAUCUUUUGCACGCACGCAACAUGAACAAAUUCAUACGGAUCCCAAUAUUGGAUGGAAAUCAUACAGAAAUUACAGAAUAGUUAUAUUUAACAAACAGGAAGAUAACAAAAUUAAUAAGUUGUUAUACAAUCGCAGCCAAUAUUACGUUUUAUACCGAUGUCGAAACUGCCAUGCAUCUGUCGAUGAGAUGCAAACCAGAAACCAUAAAUGUAGCCAGAGAUUGAAGUGUUGUAAGUUGUGCGGCUUGUUGAUAUAUCAUGACCACUACGAAAGUCACAAUAAGAGACACAAAGAAUUAACUAAUUUCACGCAAAACAAAAUAAAAGUUAUCUUAUUUGGUGACAGUUUGAAAAAUCCCACUGGUGAAAACCAGACGACUGAUGAGUUCAGUGGAAUUGUGUGUGAUUAUACAUUUUACUGCUGUGAACGAUGCAAAGUUACCUUGAAAACUGUUCACCCUCCUACGAAACAUAUUUGUUCCUCCACUGCAGUCAAAACAAAAUGUCAAGAGUGUAACCUAUACUUUUACACAAGUACACUGAAGCGUCACAAUAAAUUACAUGAUGACGAUCUGGAAUUCGUAAGAAAAAACAUGAGGAUUAUAAUGUUUGAUUUAACAGAAUCUGUGGAAUCAUCGUCCAAAGAUGUAGAGACUACACAGACAGUAGACACUAAAUCUAUAGAAUUAGGAGAUGAAAAGCAGUCUGCUGAUCCUGAGUCUGAAAAGUCUAAUCUGGAAAAUGAAAUUGUAGAAAAAAGAGCAAAAAUUUACAAGUGCAAUUGUGGCCUACAUUUUCUAAAUCGUGUAAGCAUGUUGUUUCACUCCAAAACCUGCAGCUCGAAAAUUCGAACAUCCAAACAGAAUUGUUUUAAAUGUGGUCUGUUAUUUACUUCAAAAUCUUUAUUUAGCCAUCUAUUAAUUCACCAUGGUAACCAAAAUCAAAAAUAUCUUUUUGACAUCGUUGAUUGUACUGCUGUUCUAAAUGGAAGCACAAUUGAAGAAAGUAUCUAAAGCAUCAAAGUUCACAUUAAUUGCAAAGUAGGUAUGCGAUGUUCUGGGAGAUGAAAAAUGACACCCAAUUGCACUAAUGGCUAUAACAAAACAAAAAAUGAGGCAAGAUCCAAGCUAAAAAAGGAAAAAAAAUAAUAAUUUGCACCUUCGGAAGUCUGCAGGAGAAUGUGCUAUUACAAGUAUUAGGACUAAUAAACGUUACAGAUUCAGUAUAACAGUUGAGCUAAAAAUAAUAUUUAUGUUUUAAUGAAAUAUUGAAAGCUAAUCUUUGCUUGUACAUAAUGUUAACACAUUGUACAUAGGUAGAUUUAAGUAUAUCUCAAGUAUAAGUGUAUCCAUAAUUAAUUCCGUAUCAAUUAAUUUGAACUAUUUUGGGGACCCAAAUAUUCUAUUUAGUUAACAGUGGGGGCAGAAUUACCAGCUGCCUGAGAAUAUCCCUGUGUGGUAGGUAGCUGUCAAAGAAAAACUAAUUGUUUUUCUAAUAUUUAGUAAUUUUAAAAGUCGAGAAUUGAUGACUUUUAUAAUGUAAGCAAUACAUUAUUUAAAUUAAAAACUAUGUAACAAAGUGUUCUUUUUUUCUUAUAAUAGGUAGAUAAUUUUCAAAUUCUAUUGCUAGAGCGCGAGCAUAUUCUGUGUCGUUAUUAGUUUUAUAAGUUUAAAUUAGAAUAAAAUUGAAUUUUGAGUUUCAUAAUUUACCUAGGUGUAGGGAGGAUGUUCCUUUGUAAGGAAAAUAUAUUUUUCAAUUUUUCACAUGUUAAUAAUACAUUUUUUAUUCGAUUUUA